AUGUCUGUGAUACGAGUUAGAGAAGCUGUGAAAUGGAUAAAGGCUUCACCAAGUAGAUCUCGCUACUUCAAGGAGAUAGCCAAGAUAGCUAAUGUUGAUACCUCAAAGUUCUUGUGCAUGGAUGUGCCUACCAGGUGGAACUCAACCUACUUGAUGCUUGAGGCGGCGUUGCCAUAUGAGCCGGCUAUGAGGUUGUUUCAAACCUUGAAUCCUGAUUUUGCUAGUGACUUGAAGGAAAGGAAGCACAAAAAAAUGUCAAUUGGUGUUCCUACUGAACUCGAUUGGAUUGAAGUGAAGAGGAUGUGUGGUUUUCGCGAACAGUUCUACAAUCUUACUCGUCUAGUCUCCGGCUCCCACUAUGUCACAUCGCAUCAAGUUCUCAUGGAGCUGUGUGACAUGAUUAGUCUCAUAACAGACUUGGAAGAGGAUGAAGACGAUGGUCUUAGAAACAUGGCCGUGAGGAUGAGAUUGAAGAUUGGUAAGUAUUGGCUAGAGGAAACUGAGCUAAAUCCGAAGAUGAACAAAAUCCUUUACAUUGCUGCCAUGUUAGAUCCCAGGCAAAAGAUGAAGCACGUGGAACAUUGUUUAAAGUUGGUGUAUGGUAGCACACGAGCAAAUGAAUUGCUGGAGGAGUUAAAUAAGCAGAUCUAUGAUUUAUAUGAGGCGUACAAGGCAGAAAUGGCUCCAAUAUUGGGUCAAACACAACCACGAAAAACAACACAAAAUGCCCUAGUAACAAAUAGAUCGGCGAAUCUGCGCUUUCUUGGCAAAGGAAAAAAAUGUUCUCUCGGAGUUAUUAACAACAAUGUUGCAGAUAUGUCUGACCAGACGGAGCUCACUCGAUACCUCUCAGACAGUCUAUAUGUGAUGACUGAGGAUGAAGUUGACAAUUUUGACAUCCUUGAGUGGUGGAAGAAAUACACAGCGGCCUUUCCUAUUAUGUCGGAGAUGCGGCAUUUAGCAUGGGAGGUCGUGUUCUUUCGCCAUUUAGAAGCUCUUUGA